CUUCGAUCUCGCGAUUCGUUUCGUGAGAAUCAUGGAACAGCAGAGGAACUCGGUGGGGGCGACGCUGAGCCCUAGAUCUCCGUCAUCGCAACCGUAUUUAUCAGUUUCCGUCACAGAUCCUGUGAAAUUGGGCAAUGGCGUACAAGCUUACAUCUCUUACAGAGUCAUCACCAAGACCAAUUUUCCGGAGUAUCAAGGGCCGGAGAAAAUCGUUAUCCGGCGUUACAGUGAUUUCGUAUGGUUGCGGGAUCGUCUCUUUGAGAAAUACAAGGGCAUUUUCAUUCCUCCGCUCCCCGAGAAGAGUGCUGUAGAGAAAUUCCGUUUCAGUGCCGAAUUUAUAGAAAUGAGGCGGCAAGCGCUGGAUGUAUUCAUCAACCGUAUAGCUUCACAUCCUGAGCUUCAGCAGAGUGAGGAUCUUAGGACCUUUUUGCAGGCAGAUGAAGAGACGAUGGAAAGAUUCAGAUCUCAGGAAACUGGUAUCUUCAAGAAGAAGCCUUCUGAUCUAAUGCAAAUUUUCAAGGAUGUGCAAACCAAAGUGAGUGAUGUUGUCUUAGGAAAGGAGAAGCCGGUCGAAGAAUCCACUCCUGAAUAUGAGAAACUUAAACAUUACAUUUUUGAGCUCGAGAACCACUUGGCUGAGGCACAGAAGCAUGCAUUUCGUCUCGUUAAGAGACAUAGAGAGUUGGGUCAGUCACUGUCGGAUUUUGGCAAGGCGGUGAAACUUCUCGGGGCUUGUGAAGGAGAACCUACAGGAAAAGCAUUUUCUGAUCUGGGGACUAAAUCUGAAUUGCUAUCUAUUAAGCUCCAGAAAGAGGCUCAUCAAGUCCUAAUGAAUUUUGAGGAACCCUUGAAGGACUACGUUCGUUCUGUACAAUCCAUUAAGGCCACAAUAGCAGAGAGAGCCAUUGUUUUCCGGCAACACUGUGAACUGGCGGAAACAACAAAGUUAAAGGAAAUAAAUCUCGACAAACUCAUGCUGACACGGUCUGAUAAAGUGGGAGAAGCCGAGGUUGAAUACAGAGGGUUGAAAGCGGAAAGCGAGGAAGCAACUAGAAGGUUCGAGACGAUAGUGAAGAGGAUGAAUGAAGAGAUGGUGAGGUUCCAGGAAGAGAAGACGGAAGAGAUGGGAGUGGCGUUCCAUGAGUUUGCGAAAGGGCAAGCACGUCUGGCUAACAGCGUGGCCGAUGCCUGGAGAGGCCUUCUCCCGAAACUCGAGUCUUGCUCUUCUUCUUCUCCUGCUGUUGCAAGAAGCAAAGAGCCCUAACUUACUUUUUGCAAGAAAUAAGAAGAAGAAAACGUGUAGAAUCUCAGUUUGCCUCCUUGCUUGGUUGUUACUCUUUAACUUUGUCUAUUUACACUUGAAAGAAUCUGAGAGAUCAGUCAGUCCUCGUCUUGUGCAGAAGAUGGCGUCUUCUUUUGGUAAUAAGAACAUCCAAUAAAAAGAGUCUUCUUGUAAAAAUGGGUUUGUUUUAUUUUAAAAAUAACCA